CGAAGCAGCAGCAGCAGCCACGGGCACAGACCGUAGUUAAGCCGAGGAAUGGAGGGCUCGUGGCAGUGGGAGCAGCAGCGAGAGCACUGCCAUAAAUUUCUGCUCGGGCUCUUGACGCAUCUCAACAAGGGGACUCGCAUCGCAAAGGCCACGCCAAAGACGAGGAGGACGACGAGGACCAAGACGCUGGGGACGACCGCGAGUGUCGAGCGCCGAGCUGCGAAUGAAGGAAGUAUUGGUUGCGGGCGGAUCGAGUGUCACGGAAGGCCGAAUCAGCAGCAGCACGUAGGAGCCGCAGGGACAACGACGACGGUGCUGAGUGACGCGAGAAGUGGCGGUAGGUGCCGGGGUAUCAUUGAAAGUUCGUCGGGACGGGCGACAAGGGAGACGGUGAGAGCGAGCGGCAGGCAUGAGUUCGGGGGACCGCGGGCGGGCGCGCCGCGGCCAGGAGCGCUUGUCCUGUCCCACUGA